AUGCCAUCAAUUGACAAGCUUGUCAUUGAUGAGGCACACUGCAUUGAUCAGUGGGGUGCUGAUUUUCGACCGGACUAUGCGAUUCUUGGUGAUCUUCAUUCAUUUUCCCCUAAAUCCGUCCCUUUCCUUGCCACCUCUGCCACCCUUACUCCCAGCACUUUGUCAUCAACCAUGAUCAAUGAGGCAUUGGCAGGAUGCAUUCAAUGCUGUAUGGUGUUCGUCAAUGAGACAAAAACCGCCCAGAUCCUGUGCCGCAUCAUCCAUGAGGGCUUGCCUGAGUGCUGCCCAAAAACCAAACUACACAUCAUGGAACAGUUUAGGAAGGGGGAGGUGAAUGUUUUCACUACAGAGGCUGCUGGAAUGGGGUGUGAUAUUCCUGAUGUGAAGAUAGUUGUACAAUUUGGAGCCCCAAAGUCUCUAGCCUUUUGGGUCCAAUGGGCUGGCUGUGCUGGACAAUCUCCACUUAUACAGGCAAGGGCAAUUCUACUGUUUGAACCAUCUGCAUUCCAGAUGCACAAGAAAUAA